AUGGAUCUGUCUACGGUCUUCGAGGCCAUGCGGGAGAAAGAGGAGGAGCUUGCAGAGGCUGAGCAACGGCUGCUGUUCGACCGGGAUAACCUCGAAACGGCGCGCGAACUCAUCCAGGAGCGUGAGGCUCGUCUUGCCGAAAGCCAGACGUCUCAGUUGUCUUUGCGGGAAGACGCGGAAAAGAUCCGUUCAAAGCUGGCGGAGCAGACGGAGGAGCUGGUAGCGGCUCGCAAGGAAGUGGAUUUGAGGAACAAGGAGAUUCGCGAGGCCAAGGAGGGGUUGGAUAAGAAGGAGGAGGAGAUCACGCGAGCCCAUGCGGCGAUCCGAGCAAGGAAUGAGAAGUUGAGGCUUGCCGAAGCUCAGCUUCAGGCUCAGGAGAGCCAGCUUGUAGCUUCGACAGCGGAGGUUCGGCAAUUGCGGUUGGAUCUCAGAUCUGCGGUUGCCGAAAAGAAACGGUUGCAGGAGGAGCUGGAGGAUUCGCAAAAGGAGCUGCGUCGGCAGGAGGGUAAAGUGACCGCCAUGGAAUCAGAUUUGGAGAAAAGAGGCGGCAUUGUGACCGCUGCGCAGAAGGAGAUUAAGAUUCUUCAGAAGCAUCUGAAGAACUCCGGAGAAAAGGGAGAGGCUGCGUCUCGGGAGCUCGCUCAAGCUAAGUCGAUGAUUGGUGCGGUGAAGGCCGAGUUGAAGGUGUCUAACGAAGCUCUGAGCAAAUUCCGGUCCGAGGUUCAUGAGCUGAAAGCCGCCGUCUCGAGACAGGAACGCGAGGCGACCAACGCGUCGAUGCUUUUGAGAAAGCGGGAACGGGAGCUCGAACGAGCAAACGCGGAACUCGCAAAGGAGAAGGCGACGUUGCAAGCAGUCCGCGCCGCGGUUCUGGAUCUCGAGACUAAGUUAAAGCAUGAGAUGGACGCCUGCGAGACGCUCGCAAAGGAGGUCCGGGACGCGCGGUCGAGGCUUCGCACAGCCAUGUCUGAAGCUUCCGAGCUCCGUAAAUCCGUCCGACAGGCUGAGUCAGAACUCUCAGACGCCAAAAUCACCCUCCAGCUUAAAGAAGCAGAACUCGUGGGUCUCCGCCUGGAGCUACAAGAAACUGCAUCGGAUCUGUCUAUAGAGAAGCAGGACCUUAAAUCCCGGUCAGAGGAGCUCGACGCCGCGGCAAGCGCGCUGGAGGGUCUUCGCCGGGAGCUGGCCGCUGUGAAGCUGGAGCUGCAGGUUAAAAAUGAGAGGGUGGCGGCGUCUGAUAAGGCUUUGGAGAUGCGGGAAGAGACGAUUGGAGCGAUGGAGGUGAAGCUGGAAGGCAGCAACGCGCGCCUGGCGGCGGCGGAGACGGCCGUGGAGCAAAUUGCGGAGCUCUCGCGCAAGCUCGCGGAUUCCGCGCUCGCCGCCGGGGGGUUCGACAUGGGGGUGCUGCCGUCCGGGAGAGCGGUGCAGAGCGGUGGUGUGGGGUCGGUGGGGUUGAGAGGCGGGAAGAUGCUGGUGGGGGAGAGCGUGCUGCUGGCGGAGACGAACCGAGAGCUGUUCGCGGCGAGCCGAGCUCUGCUGGAGAAGGAGCAUGGGAUGCAGCUGCUGCAGGUAGGCCGUACUGACCUCCCCGACCUGCUGCUUCAUAUACACCUAAUUUUCCCACCCCAACUUUCCCCACCCCCUUCCCUUCCUCGCACUUGCUUCCCAUCUCUGCGUCUUUCUAUGUCUCUCUCUCGUGCAGCCCCCUCUACCCGGCCUCCUUGGCCUUUUCGUCUCCCUUUGCCUCAUUUUCUUUCAUUCUUAUCCAUCCCUUGGCCGACCCCUCAUCCCAAGCAGGAGCAGGAGCAAGAACAGAGGGAGCAGAACGAACGUCUAUUGGAGCAGCUCCGGGCAGCAAGGGCAGCGCUGGGAGAGAAACAGAUCGAGCUGGACUCCGUGAAAUCCCUCCUAGCCGAGCGGGAGGAGGAGAUCCGGCAGCUGACGGCGCGGUGGGAGGAGCGGGAAGCUGCGCUGACGGUCAUGCGCGCGGAGGUGAUCAGCGGAGCCAGGGAGAUCGCGCAGCUGCGGGACGUUAUCAAAUCCGCCUCCUCACGCCAAGCAGGGCAGCAGGGCGAGGGGGUGGAAAAGGUGUCGCAGGCGGAUUUGGUGGCGCAUGAAGUUGUGAAGCUGGAACUCGAGGUGGCCAAGGUGGAGGUAGAGACCGCCAUGUCAGCUCUCCAGGGCUUGGCCGAUCUCAGUGCCCAGCUCAAGGCAGACACAGACGACCGUAUGCUGCUGCUGCCCGCAUCCUCGCUCGGUUCCUCCACUGCUUCCGCCAGUCAACUACACGACUCUUGUCCCGCUCUGGCCUCGGCUGCUGCUGCUGUCAGCGCAUCAGGGAGUGCCGCCCAACAGGGAGAGGAGCAGGAGGAGCAGCAGAGGUUGCAACAGCAGCAGAAGGAGCGGGAGGAGCGGAGGCAGAGGGAGGAGGAGCAGGAGGAGGCACGGAUGCAGCAGCAGCUGCAGGAGAGGGACAAUGCGCUGCGCAUGGCAGUGCGCGCCAUGUCCAACCUCACGCGCCUCACUCAGAAGCUUGCCGCUGACGCCCAGGCAGAGUUCUCAGGAGGAGAGCCCGUGCUGCAGAUGUAG